AAAUCCCCCGAGAGGGACUAUGACAGCAUUCUCUGUGGGUUGAUUUUCAUAUUUCUUUUAUGAUCGCAACCUCGCUUCCUCUGCUGAGUCAUGCCUCUCCCCAGCGACCAUGCUGAACAGUGUCUUGCAGCCUGGGUGAAAUGCUGCAUGUGGCAGGGGACAGGGCUUCAGACUGUAGCAGAGAGUUUCAUAGAGUUUUUAGGAAAAGGAGAGAAAAUAAGUCUCAUGAUUCAGAUUGUAUGGAGGGAACUGGGUGUUAGCAAAUUCAAAUGCAGCCUAUGAAAAAUCUGCCUAACUUUCAGAGGUAUGGAAUAACCAAGAACAUCUUGAAACAUAGAUUUACGCUGCUCCUGCAUAUGCUAGUCAAAGCUUCUAACAGCAUUUUUCUGUCUCUGAUGCAAGCACUGUCUUCAGUGUUGUAUCCCAGCUAGUCACUGACCAUCAAACAGCAGAGGUGCACAGGGUGCUGAAAAACAACAUAUGGACUAGAUAAUAUGGGAGAGGAUAAUCUGAGGGGGAGAGCAAGACUGCUACAAUGAGUGAGGCAUUGGCACAGGCUGCCCAGAGGAGGUGGUGAGGUCACUGUCCCCAGAGGUGUUCAAGAACUGUAGAGAUGUGGCACUGAGGAAUGUGGUUAGUGGGCAUGGUGGGUUGGGGCUGGACACGAUGGCCUUGGAGGUCUUUUCCAGCCUUCUAUGAUUCUAAACUAAAACAUUAAAAUGCGUGGCAGCUGAACUGACUUGCUGUCCACUUUCCUGCAAGCCAGCUCCCUUAGUAGUGGGCUUGGCAAAGCAAGAACUAGAUAAAACAAGGUGGCUGGUUGUGACAGCUGGUUGCACUGGAAAAGCAUAGCACUUCUCAAGUGGAGGCAGGUAGUGAGAUAGAAGAUGUGCAUCUGCCUUCCUAGCACCCUACUGGUAGUCCCCCAAACAUCUCUUGAAACUUCUGGUUGUUGGAAAAACAUUCUUUCCCCAUGCAUAGCAUUUAAGUGGAUAGAAAUAAUAACUUAGGGAGAUGUUAUUGUGCUAGACGUUAGCUUGAAAGGUAAAGGCUUCUGCAUCUGAAAGGAUUUGAUGCGAAGACCUGAAGAGGAAAUGCUACCGUGACUUCAAACAAACUCCAAAUAAGCCAGAAAGCACAACAUUAUUUGUCACUUCUAGCUCUUUCAAACUCGUAGAAAGAUAGAAUGGUUUGGGUUGGAAGGGACCUUUAAGAUCAUCUAGUUCCAGCCCCCUGCUAUAGGCAGGGACACCUCUAGACCAGGUUGCUCAAAGCCCCAUCCAGCCUGGCCUUGAAUGAGCCCAGGGAGGGGACGUUUACAACCUCACUGGCCAACUUAGAAGCAUCUGUGCAGUUUUUCUUAGUGGUCUUUUUAAACUUAUUAAUGGAUUUAAGAAAACAAGAGGAGGUGUUUCUUCCUCUCCCACAACAUGUUACCCAAGGGUGGAACUCAAUGCUGCAGGGUGUUUCGGAGGACUAAGUUACCAAUGAGUUUAGGGGAAAAGUAAGGCAUACAAAGAAGAGCCGCUAGGGAUCGCUAAAAGAGGAAACACAAGUUCUUUUGACUUGGUAAAUCUACAGUGGUUCUGCAGAAACCAAGAUGAAAGGAAAGAUCAUGAGCUUACAGUUGGCAGCUAGAUGAGGCCAGAUUCUUUCCACCGGUGUGUACUUCUGGGUCUACAGCAGCGCCAGCUGGGAACGGCAGGCUGCCGGGGCCUCUUCGCUGCAGGCACGUCCGUCUGCCUACCUGUAGGGGGAGCCGCUCGGCCGACUGUGGGACACCGCCUCUCUCUGUGCAGGGCAGGACAGGGCCGGGCGCGGGGCCGCCAUGGGCAGCCGGCUGCGGCCCGCGGCGCUGUGCGGGGCGGUGCUGGCCGCGGCGGGCGGCGCGGCGGUGGCGGCCUGGGCAUGGGCCUAUGUGCGGGGCCGGGGCCGCGUCCGGGCCGCCCGCCGCCCUCUUCCCGCCGCCGCCGAGCAGGUGAAGGGAGCCAGCAGGCAGAUCCUGGUGCUGGGCCUGGACGGGGCGGGGAAGAGCAGCGUGCUCCACUCGCUGGCCACCAACCAGGUGAAACGCAGCGUGGCGCCCACCGAGGGCUUCAACGCCGUCUGCAUCAACAGCGGGGAGAGCCAGAUGGAGUUCCUGGAGAUUGGGGGCAGUGAAUCUCUGCGUCCGUACUGGAAGAUGUACCUGCCCAAAGUGCUGUUGCUCAUCUAUGUCGUGGAUUCAGCUGAUCAUGCCCGACUGCCUGUGGCAAAAGAGCAACUUCAUCAACUGAUCCAGAACAACUCCACCCUGCCAGUGGUGAUUCUGGCCAACAAGCAGGACCUUGAAGGUGCAUAUCGCAUCACAGAUAUCUACGAUGCUUUGGCCCUGUCUAAUAUCGGGGACAAGAGGAAGAUGUUCUUGCUUGGUACCCACGUGGCAGAGGAUGGCUCAGAGAUCUCCUCCAGCAUGAAGGAUGCCAAGGAGCUGAUAGCACAGCUGUUUUUGGAAAUGCAGUGACAGCUCUUUUCCUACAACACAGUAUUUGCAGCUGUUGAACAAGGGAUGCUUGUCUACAGUUAGUCUGCAACAUGGUAACAGAAAUGUAAAGAUAGCCUUUCCUUUUGUUUGUGUAGUUUCCCUGAAAAUGAUGUCUAGUUGGUAGGAAAAUCUGUUUUAUAGCAUUUUGAAAAUACCUCUGGAAAAUAAUAUUUGUAGCAUAUUUAUAGGGGAAAAUGAAACUCAGGCAGCAGAGUUAAGGGUAUUUAUAGCUUAGGCUAAGAUGACUUCUUGCUAGGUUGGAGUCAACUAUUGAUUUAAUGAAAUUAAAUUGUAUCCAGUGAGUUUAAACUGUCCUGAUGUCUCAGGUUUAAAUACUUAUAGGUAACAGGUUUUACAGAACCCUGUUAGCAGAAUUGUUCUGUUAAAAAUGAGACUUCAAGAGUGUCAGGAGUUUCCUUUUAAGAGAGUGGCAAAUUGGUAAUUCCUGGAAGUGGGGCUGGUUGCCACUUCUUUAGUGGAUAAGAACAAGAAAACAAAGGCAGUAAGACGUUAAGUGUUUCUUUGCUUACAGGAAAAACUUGAGCAGCACAAUUUAAAGGAGUGACUUGAAAGCAGUUAAGGUGGUACUAGAGUGGGGGACUCCAUCAGUCUAAGUGUCUUAUUUUGGUUUAGACCAGAUUGUGCUAGAGCAAGCAGUCUUAGAUUUAUAGAAAAAUCUAGAUUUUUUUUUUUCAUAAGUUAUUUCUGUCAGCAUAGCAGAUGAGGAAGAUGAGUUGCAGAGGAGCAUUACUUUCCUGGUGUUGCUGUCCCUAUAACUAUACUCUGGUGACAUGAUUGAGUCCAAACAGUGCUGCAAAAGACACUUUGUAAUUAAAUUUAUUAUACAAGGGUUUUGUAGUUUUAUCUUUUGGAACUGAUGCAUAAAGCAGAACAUUUUACUCUAA